AUGAAGCCAUGGACUGCCUUGUCGUGUUUCCUGGCUUUGUGUGGGGCCGAGCAGAUUCUAUGGUUGCAGAGGCACGACUUACAUCCCUUGGCGCUGACGGAUGCCAACUCCACCGUGUACCAGGCUUGGCAGACAAGGAGUCAGACAAGCACUUUGUAUGCGAAUCGGUUACUUGCACUGGAGCAACUGGCAGCGAGCAGUCUGCGAUCGGAGGAACUGAACGACAGACGGAACUUGUACUACACAGCUGCAGUGCAGAUUGGUGCGCCGCCCAAGGAGGUGCAGCUCAUCCUGGACACAGGAUCCUCGGACCUCUGGGUUUCCGAGCGGGUUUACGACCCUGAUGAAUCGAUGACAUGGAGUUCGGAAGGGCAGCCCGUGAACAUGACUUACGGCAUCGGCUUUAUGAGUGGUGUCUACGGGCUCGAUCGGGUCUGUCUUGUAACAAGUCCUCAGAGGACCUGUAUCAACAAGCAGCCCGUGAUUUACGGCAUGGAAACGCGAGACAUUCCCAACAGAAUCCAUGGUGUCCUCGGGCUGGCCUUCAUCGGACUGUCACAUGUGCACCGUACUUUCCUGCGGAAUCUCAACGAGAGCUUUGCGGACCUCGCCUUCGCGUUUGCACUGCACGGGGGUGACCAGCAAUCGCUGUUCACAGUGGGCGACUACGAUGAGGUCCUCGCUCGGGGCUUCCUGGUCACCGGCAUCGACAAAGCUUCGGUGGUGCGUGCAAACGUUCUGAACGUUUUCAGGGUCCAAGGCGAAGUGGGGCCCCAAGCAGGCUGGUGGCUCGUGAAAGCCCGCGUGAAGGCAACAGCGCCACAUCUAUGGAAAUUGCGCCUGUCCUACUUCCUGCUCACGCUGCUACACCUGAUCUUGCUGCUUUGCUGCUUGUUCAGCCUUCGGUCUUUGGGACAACGCUACUGCCUUGCGCACCUUGGCUGGUCGGUUGUCAUCUUCUUGAUCCUGUACUUUCUGCAAGUCCUCACUGCGGGAAACUUCGAUCAAACAGUGCUGGCGUGCCUGGAUACCGGCACGUCUUUGAUUUCCAUCCCAGCAGGUGAGUUUGUCAGAGUGACGCUCGGGCUCUUCGGGACAGCCGUGUUGGAUCAGUGCUUCUUGAAUGAGGGGGUUGAGCUCCUCUGCCCCUGUUCGCUGGCUGAUUCCGCGACGGCGCUGAACAUUUAUUUCCACGAGCAACUCAUCCGCCUGGAGAUGUCAGAGUUGUUCAUGAAGGUGGCGACAAUCCACGGUGAGGACUUCUGCAGGACCGGCUUGUCGGCUUCGAAUCAGGGCAUUUGGAUCUUGGGAGAUUCCUUUCUGCGUAGCGUCUACGCGGUGCAUAGCUUCAACCGGAAAGAGGUCGCCAUGUUUCCUUACAGGCCGGUCUCACCGGUUUCGCUCGAGGCAGAAGCCCCCAUCCCUCUGUGGGCUUGGUUGGCUCUCUGGGUAUCGAUGGCCUCGCUGGUUUAUCUGGCCUUCCUGUACUUCAAGAAGACAGAGAGCUCCAGGGAGGCCCUUUCUGGGGCAGUGAAGGUGCCGCUACUACGGCCUGAGCUGAUGUCGAUGUCUAGGAUCUAA